AUGGUGCUCACUGGAACGACGUACGGGAACACCGUGCCCCCUCCUCGCCGGGCGCGAUGCCGUGGGCCCGGUGCGACGCUGCCGUCGCCCUUCCCUGCCCACCCGCUUGUGUUCGCUGACUUCUGCCCGUUAAUGCCCAUCCCCUCGAAGGCCAACGGCACGACCAUUCCCACCCUGGCGAUGAACAAAGACGGCCUGAUUGGGGGGGUGACGAACCCUAACGAGGUCUUCUGCUCCGUGCCCGGCCGCCUCUCUCUUCUCAGCUCCACCUCCAAGUACAAGGUGACGGUCGGGGAGGUGCAGAGAAGGCUCUCGCCCCCCGAGUGCCUCAACGCCUCUCUCCUCGGCGGAGUCCUCCGCAGAGCAAAAUCAAAAAACGGGGGUCGGUGUUUAAGGGAAAGGUUAGAGAAAAUCGGACUAAAUCUGCCUGCAGGGAGGCGCAAAGCUGCCAACGUCACCCUGCUGACGUCCCUCGUGGAAGGCGAAGCUGUUCACCUGGCUCGGGACUUCGGGUACGUGUGCGAGACGGAGUUCCCAGCCAAGGCGGCGGCGGAGUACCUGUGCCGGCAGCACUCCCACCCCACCACUCCCAUGCUGCUGGCUACCAAGCAAAUCUGUAAAGAGUUUGCAGACUUGAUAGCCCAGGACCGCUCGCCGCUGGGGAACAGCCGCCCCUCCCUCAUCCUGGAGCCCGGGGUCCAGAGCUGCUUGACUCACUUCAGCUUGAUAACCCACGGCUUCGGGGGCCCGGCCAUCUGCGCAGCGCUCACCGCCUUCCAGAACUACCUGGUGGAGUCCCUCAAGGGGCUGGAUAAAAUGUUCAUGAACAGCACAGGGAACGGGCACGCGGCCGGAGACUCCAAAGCGUCAGAGAAAGAAGCGAAGCAUCGGAAGUAA